GUGAUUUCGGAGAGAGACUUAAAGAGACACCCAACUCAACUCAGCAGUUAACUCUCAAAACAGUUUCACUUUCGGCGAAGUGUGGCUGAGUUGUGUGAUUGGACGAUUUGGUUAUAAAUUGUGUUUUUAUUAGUUCUAAGUUUUGAUACUUAGAUUCCACCCAGCACAAUGGAAGUUGAUGGUAACACCGUUCUGGCUCGGUCUCUCAAGGAACAGGGCAUUGAGUAUGUAUUUGGCAUCGUUGGCAUACCGGUUGUGGAGCUGUCUAUGGCGAUGCAGGCCGAAGGCUUGAAAUACAUCGGGAUGCGGAAUGAACAGUCGGCUUGUUAUGCUGCACAGGCGAUCGGCUACCUCACCGGCAAACCGGGAGUCUGUUUGGUCGUUUCGGGUCCCGGACUACUGCACGUAACUGGUGGUAUGGCCAACGCGCAGAUUAACUGUUGGCCUCUGCUUGUGAUAGGUGGUUCUACCUUUCAGGAUCACGAAGGCAUCGGCGGCUUCCAGGAGUGUCCGCAGGUGGAGUUGAGUAGACCGUACUGUAAGUACGCAGCCAGACCUCCGGGUGUUGCGUUAAUACCGCAACACGUGGAAAAAGCUGUUCGAUUGGCGUGCUACGGACGUCCAGGAGCGGCUUACCUUGAUUUUCCUGGAAAUCUGCUACUUGCGCGUGUUUCGGAAGAUUCUAUCGCGAAACAGUACGCACACCCGGAGCCGCCUAUGGCAUUCCCUGAUCCUAAGCAAGUGAAACUUGCUGCACAAUUGCUCAGCUCUGCGAAGAGACCAUUAAUAAUCAUUGGAAAGGGUGCGGCUUAUGCGCGGGCAGAACUCCAUCUGCGGCAGUUGGUACAUCAAACGAACCUACCAUUUCUACCGACUCCGAUGGGUAAGGGAGUGGUGCCCGAUCUGGAUCCGCAGUGCGUCGCCCCCGCUAGGACUUUGGCCCUGCAAAAGGCAGACGUUAUUCUGCUGCUUGGAGCACGGCUGAAUUGGAUGCUGCAUUUUGGUAGAACUCCUCGAUACAGUGCCGAUGUGAAAAUUAUCCAAGUUGACCUUAGUGCCGAAGAGAUGCACAACAGCAUUCCAAGUGCAGUAGCUAUUCAGGCAGAUAUUGUUCCUUUUGCUGAGCAAUUAAUUGACGAGCUGGCUCGUUCAAAAUACUAUUUCCAUAAAAAUAAUGAUUGGUGGGUUGACCUUAAGGCUAAAUGUGAUAAGAAUAAAAAAAUAGUUCACCAAAUGGCGAUGAACAAGGAAAUUCCGCUGAACUAUCACGCCGUCUUCCAUCAUCUUCAGGAAUUGAUUCCAAAAGACGCGAUAAUUGUUAGCGAAGGUGCCAAUACGAUGGAUAUUGGCCGAUCUUUCCUGCACAACAAAUGGCCACGACACCGUUUAGAUGCGGGCACAUUUGGAACAAUGGGCGUAGGACCUGGAUUUGCAAUUGCCGCUGCACUGGUGUGUCGAGAUCGUUUUCCCGGGGAGAAGGUAAUAUGCGUGGAGGGCGAUUCGGCGUUCGGUUUCUCCGGUAUGGAGAUUGAGACGAUGAUGCGCUAUCAGCUUCCGAUUGUGAUUGUGAUAGUAAACAACGGUGGAAUUUACUCAGGUUUUGAUAAACAAACUUACGACGACAUUCGUUCAGGCGGAGACUUAACUCAGGUAACUCCGCCAUCGGCGCUCAAUGUGGAAACACACUACGAAGCAAUGAUGAAUAUGUUUGGAACUAAAGGUUACUUUGUGCGUACUAUACCGGAGCUUCAAGCAGCACUCAAGGAGGCAUUGAUUUUAACUAACAGACCAACGAUCAUCAAUGUUAUCAUCAGUCCGCAGGCGGAUCGCAAACCGCAAGACUUCCAGUGGUUGACCGAGUCUAAGCUGUGAAAAAAAACAACGAUAGUUGCAUGAGCUUCAUUCCUAGCCAGCAGGCUUUCCCUCGAUGAGAUAAGGUGGUUCUAGUAUUUUAUUUCCUUUUACUUUGGUUGCAUGGUGUGAGAAUGUAAAUUUAGUAUUUUAACAAACAUUAGGCUGGUUUUAAUAAAUACAUGUUGGCUAGUAAUAUUGUAGAUUGUUGACAAAGCUUAGAAGAUAUACAAUAGGCUCACGACGUUUGUUAUAAAGUGGCUCAUAUGUUAUGCUUUCGUUCAAUCCAUCUUCUUACGAAGGUAUCGAAAAUUCGCAUUUCGUUCGAACGCCCAUUAAUAAGUCUCUUUUGAAAAUGUGAAAAAUAUUUUCAUCUAUAUUCACAAGUACCGAUUCCAUUUUAGAGAAAAUGAUGGCUAGACGGACAAAAUAUGUACUAAUUAGAAGUUGUAUGCUUUUGAAUUUAUUGGGUUCUUAUCGCGAAUACGGAUUACAUCAAAUUUACCUGUAUGGGUGCACACUCUGAGUGUUACCCUAUUUAAGGAUGUUCGUGAAACACUACUACUACUAAACAAAAGAGCAGAGUGAGUGAUGAAGAGGAGAUUUGAAGCGAAGAGAGAGUACGUUCGUAACUGUUGAAUAGAAAGCACGCGCCAUUUCUUCCGCGAAAUAAAAUUCAUUUAUUUCACAUAA